AUGUCUACCAAGACCAUCGCAGUCGUCGGCGCCACAGGCACCCAGGGAGGCUCAGUCGUCAGAGCAUUCAUCUCCCAAUCAAAUUGGCACGUCAAAGCUCUCACCCGCAGCUCAACCUCAGCCAAAGCCCAAGCCCUCCAGAAUCUCGGAGCCGAGGUCAUCGAAGCAGACAUGAACAACCAAGAAUCUCUCAUAAAAGCCUUCGAUGGCGCUCACGCAAUCUUUGUCAAUACUGACUUCUGGGCUCCUUACAUGACCGCUCUCAGCCAAGGCAAAGACCAAGCUACAGCUCAACAAAUCGGUUAUGAUACCGAGGAGCGCCAUGUCAAGAAUGCGGCUUAUGCUGCUUCCAAGACAUCUACCCUUGAGAAGUACAUUUACUCUGCUCUUGGUCCUAUUAAGGAUGUUUCGAAGGGGAAAUUUUCUCAUUGCCAUCAUUGGGAGACCAAGGCUGCGGCUGUCAAGUACAUUGAGAAUGAGAUGCCUGACUUGGCUAAGAAGACGUCGUAUGUCUACAUGGCUGCCUACGCUACGAACCCUUUUUUAUACCCCAAGAGGGAUGCUGAGACUGGCGAGUAUGUCCUCGCGGUACCAGCUUCCAAGAAUCUCAGGUUGCCUAUCAUUGAUAUCGAAGGCUCAGCUGGGUCUUUUGUCCGAACUCUGGUCGAAGAUGAACCCGCUGGAACAAAGCUUCUCGCCUAUGACAGUGACUUGAACAUCAUGGAGAUCAUGGACACUUGGAGCAGAGUUACCGGCCAAAAGGCUAUCUUCCAGUCAAUGACCGAGGAGGAGAUGCACAAGGCUACUGGUCUGCCCUACGAGGUCCUUGACGGACCAGCUUACCUUGAUGAGCAUGGAUACGUGGAAGGCGUUGAAGGAGCUAUCGCACCAGAGCAGUUGAGCAAACCUAUCAAGACGGAUAGUUUCGAGGAAUACCUCCGCAAGCAAGACCCAGAGACUUUACUGUCAUUUACAUACGCAAUGCCGGAGCCUCCGGCGGCCAAGUAA